AGAGAUAACUGUUAAAUGGACCACAUACAUUAAUCUCUUAGUGUAGGUACAGCCUUCCAUUAGGUCACACCAAGUUGUUUAAUUCAAAGCAAUUUACAGUGAACACGUUUAUUCAGAAUAUGUUGACCAUGUGGGAAUAAAACCAAGAAAGGCUUUGUUGCAUGUUCCAUUAACGUAGCCAUCAGAACUACGUAAUAAUUACAUUUUUACCCUGCAUUACGUAUUUGUGUGUUUGUGUGCAUGUUUUGUGUAUGUGUGUGUAUGUGCGUGUGUUUGUGUGUGUUGAUGAUUAGAGGAGGGGUCCAGGGAUCUACAGACAUUGAUCAAAUCUUCUCUUCCCCUGCCCCUCACCCCUCCUCCCUCAGAGGAAAAGAGUACGGUACUCUGAGCUGGACUUUGAGAAAGUGAUGCACACUCGCAAAAGACACUCUGAGCUGUACCAUGAGCUCAACCACCCCACCACCAAGUUCCACACCAUAGACAGGUAUAACAGGGACCCCGCAAUAUCCACCUUCAAGAGGGAAAAGCGAUGGAGCAUUUCGUCUGCCGGAGGUGAAAAGAACUCUUCGAGUGACAAGUCGACCCCGACCCAAGACGACCAGCACUCCUGGGACAGCUUCAAGACCAUGGCCCCUGAGCUGUCCAUCGUGCCGGGGGAGCAGAAGGACAGGAUGGAGCUGCACAACAAGACCACCUGGGACUCCUCGUCUGCCAACACACCCGACACAUCCGAGGGGGACUUCCAGACUGAAGUGUGAUGAGGCAGAGAAACACACACACACACACACACACACACACACACACACACACACACACACACACACACACAUACAUACAUACAUACAUACAUACAUACAGAAACACACACACAAUGAAACACAGAUAACGCAUAUACAUACUCAAACAGAAAUGUACUCACACACAGAAACACUAAAACAAGUACAUUCAGAAUCAGAGAAACACACACACACACACAUACACACACACACACAGGUUCAAGAGUAGACAUACAGGUAGAGUACCCACAUGAACAUACAUAGACAGACACACAGCACUCCUCCAAACUGCUCUUCAUACCCUAAACUCUGCUCUCUAAAGGAUUAUAUCAUUUGGUUACUGCUACAGUGGACAAGGACAAAGCAAAGAAAACUGUUCUCUUCUAUAUUUUCAAACAGACUUUAAAUGUGAGAACAGGGGCUUGAAAGAUACAGGGACUGAGACAUUUUUAAAUGGACAAAAAAACAAACAAAAAAACUUUCUGAAAAAUGAUUUGGUUUUAUUCACUGGAAAAAAAGGAUUCUCUUUCACCUGUUUGAUGAUUUACAAAAAAAAAAAAAAGAAUAUUUCUGCACCAUUCUGUUCUUUUUAUAGAGAAGAAAUCUCACUGAUGUUUGGCACACUGUUAAACCCCGUAGGCUCCCCCCUUCAUUUCACACCUUUCUCUUCUACUUGAUGACGCAAGCACUCUGGUUUUCUUUUCUUUUUUUCGGAGGGGUUGGGGAGGGGGAAGUAGGGAGGUAUAGAAAGGAUCAUUGACAUGUGACAUCCUCUGCUGUUGCUGAGUCUCACACUCUCGUCAUCCUUUUUCAACCUCGUGUUUUUUCCUUUUUGUAUUGUUAUGAUUUUAGUUAUGAUGUCCUUUCUCUUUGGUUAGAUUUUUUUUUUUAGCAACAAAAACAAUUUGUGGCAAAAAAACCUUCAACUGAGUUUCAGUUGUUGUCUCAUUGUCUAUCUCUUAUAUGAAAGUCGUCUUUUAUUUUGAGUUUCCGUUCGUACUUGUGCUGCCUUUUCCAUGUGGAAUUUUAAAGAGUGAUUUAUAACACAUCUGUGAUACCUGAGCUUGCUUUCUGAGGUAACAUGUUCUCAAUGGUACACCUGUGGGAAUUGAGCGAAGGGUAUCAUCCAGAUUCACACACAUUUCCAUCGCUCAGUUCAGUAAAAAAAGUGUUUCAAGGUCUUGAAACAUUUGAAUCAAUUACAGACAUAAUCAACCAAAGCUGUCUUUCUGUCAGGAGAGUGUAGCCUAUCUGAAAGUGUUGCUGUAGUUUUUCCCUUACCUCCUCCAUAUGGAUCCCAGGUCUUGUUAUAAGUGUAUUUCAAUUCUUCUUACUCCCACUGCUUUAGGUGCUGUAUCGAUCACUGUGCCAUGCAUCUGCUCUCAGCCCCUCAAGAAAACAGGGAAAUAAAAGUAAUCUAUAGUUUCAGAUGUAAGGACCCGAGGUGCUUUUGCUACUCAGCUUGUCCGUAGUUGUCUCUGUUGUGAAUGAAAGAGUGGAUGCAAAACAAGGAGUAGAUAGAUAGUUAGGAUAACUCAACCCAAACAUUCCACUUUGGUCAGAAACGCCGAAAGUGCUUUUGUGGAAAAUGCAGACAGAUGUGAAAUCAAAGUAUAUCCCCAAACAUUUUCAUUGUAUUGCUCUCUCUCUCUCUCUCUCUCUCUCUCUCUCUCUCUCUCUCUCUCUCUCUCUCUCUCUCUCUCUCUCUCUCUCUCUCUCUCUCUCUCUCUCUCUCUCUCUCUCUCUCUCUCUCUCGCUCUCAUUCCUCAGUCUCCCUGGAUCAUGAAAUCUUCAUGUAACAGUGGAGUCCAUUCUAUCAGCUCUCACUCACACACAGCUCGAGGAGUCACAGGCAAGUCCUGAGCUGAAUAAACCAUAGGAGUGUAAGCAGAAGAGAUGGUGAGGAGAUGAGAGAGAGAGACUAGAAUGAAAUGGAGGAGAGAACAGAGAAAGAGAUGUGAGGGAGACAUAAGAAGAGCUAGAGAUGAUAGAGGGAGUAAAAUGGGAUAGAGAGAGAGAUAAAAAAAGAGAGAUUUCCUAUUUUGUGCACAACAUAUGGCCCUGAUCAAUAGCAGUGCACUAAAUAGAUAAUGGAGUGCCGUUUGGGAGGCAGACAAAUAACUUUUGAGUUGACUAUAUAAAGUUAACUUUUACAUUCCAUAGCCAAAAUUGAAAACAUCACACACUAAAAAACACCCACUCCUGACUAGUUUGUAUAGCUACACUAUUAUAAAAAAAGGUGCUAUCUAGAACCUUAAAGGGUUCUUCGGCUGUCCCCAUAGGAUAACCCUUUGAAGAACCCUUUUUGGUUGCAGGUAGAAUCAUAAGGGCUUAUACCUGGAACCAAAAAGGGUUCUCCUGUGGGGACAGACAAAUAACCUUUUAGGAACUCUUUUUUCUAGGAAUCAAUAGCACCCAUCCACUAAUUCACUAUACUCUUGACUCUCCACUCCCUUCACUAAGUACUGAGAGUUGGUUGGAGAGAUGAGGUGAUGUUGGUGGUGUUCCUGCAGGGCACAUCUCCAGGGUUAGUCCUUACGUCUCCUUAGCAGAUUUGCAAUACCUCCCAAUUAGACGAGAGAGAGAGAGAGAGAGAGAGAGAGAGAGAGAGAGAGAGAGAGAGAGAGAGAGAGAGAGAGAGAGAGAGAGAGAAAAAAAUACAGUGAGAGAGGAAUACAGUGAGAGAGGAAUACAGUGAGAGAAAAGAGAAUGAUAUAAAAUCAGUGAGAGAAAUAAUUAUAGAAAGAGAGAACUAGAGAUGGUGCGCAGCGGUGAGCUCUAACAGUAAUUAUCCAGGGGAAUGUCCUGACAUUUGUCCUGACAUUUUCCGAGGCGGCCCUCAAACCAUCUGUGUAAAGAUUCCUAAUGGUACAGCGUGGAACACACACGCAGAUGGCAAGACAAGAGAGCAUGCCUCUCUAACCUUUACCGCUAAUCAGCUGAUAUGCAGAUCUAGUAGGACAAAGUCACCCCAGACGCUGAUCUAAGGUCAGUUUUGCAUUCCCCCUCCCUAAUGGUUUGACUUGGGGAUGUGGGCAGGGUAAACUGAUCCCAGAUCAUGUUCUAAGGGCUACUUAUCUCUGACUCAUCAUACAACUGUGAAGGGAAGGUUUAUGAUAGGUACUCAUGAGACUGUAGAAUCACCUUAGGUCUCUGACACAGAGUAACGGCUGAUGGUAUCCUAAUCCUCGUUCUAUCCUAAUCUUAAUCCCAAAUGCCACAAGCAGGUUGAUAAAUACCACACUAGAGAGACAGGUAAGUGAGAGAGUGGGAAUACAACUUCCUGAAUCCUCAACAUCACUAGUGUUUAAAUUGGUCCAUGAUCAUGUGACUGUGCCUAAAUCUGCUUCAUUCCAUCAAUCAGUGUCCACUUCCUUGGUGAUCACCUCUGAUCUUUUCUGGGAUACCAGAAUCCCCAUCUGAUUGAUACAGAAGUUAACUUCUCUAACUCUAAAGCAAUGUUUUCAGAAAGUUUCAAAACCGCCUUCUUGUUGUGUUAGUUUGUUGAGCAUGGGCUUUUGAAAAGUUUCAGACUAUGACUAUACAAUCUGUCAAUGAGAACUUCAAUCAUGAAACUUCGAAACCGUGAAUCCUGUAAAGAUUUAGUGAAUUGCACAGAUGAGGUAUUGAAAGCAGUGUGAUGGAAAUGUAUCUUCAGAGUGUGUGGUUCGAUGCAAGAAUAUGAUGCAUUUGCUCUAGAUAAAUGAGAGUUUGAUAAGUGCAAGAAAGAUAACAUUUGAUCUUGGACUACAUGGGUUACCCUCCAACCGACCAUGCUUGAGAUGUUGACCUAGCUACCCAUAAAACCAUCAAAGCUCUCCCACUGGUGUUACAAAAUUGCUGAAAAAGAAAGUCCCUCCUUGCUUUUCCUCCCUGAUUUAUGUUUUUUAUACAUAAGAUUGUACAAAGUAGUCCUCUGUUUUCAUAGAGUGUCUUUUUUAUAUGAAAAUAAAUUUUCAAAUUGA